GUUGCAAAUAUUUUUUUCGUAAUUGACUGUCAACUUGCAUACGGACAUCUCACCCAAAAUGUUGUACGUUAAAAUUUGGACAGUCGGAGUUUUAUUUUAUUUAAAUGUAAUAAACAAUGUGUGUAAUGCCGAUACUACGUUUAAUUAUAACAGUAAUCCUUCGGUAGCUCUAUUACAAAGGUACAUUCAAAUAAAUACAACAACUUACAAUGAUUUGGGACCGGCUGUUAAAUUUUGGAACGUACUGGCGGCAGCUCAAGGAGUGAAAUUAAAAAAGUAUGUUUUCAAAAAGAAAAUGCCGGUAUUGGUGUUAAAGUGGCCUGGCACCGAUCCAAGCUUGCCCAGCAUCAUGCUUAACUCGCAUGUGGACGUAGUGCCUGCGUCGGAACAGGAUGGCUGGUUGUAUCCUCCAUUUUCUGGUCAAAUAUCGGAAGAUGGCAAAAUCUACGGUCGUGGUACUCAGGAUAUGAAAUCGGUCUCGAUUCAGUAUUAUGAGGCUUUAAAGAGGCUCAAGGAGAAAAAUAUUAGCCUUUUGAGGACAGUAUACAUGACACUUAUGCCUGAUGAAGAAUUAGGCGCUGAAGCUGGAAUGCUCUCGUUCUUGCAGUCUGAUGCAUUCAAAGCCAUGAAUGUUGGUUUCGAGCUUGAUGAGGGUGGUGCGCUGGAUAUGCCUGUGAUACCUGUGUUUUAUCAAGAUAAGGUGGCGUGGCAAAUAAGAGUGGAUUGCCACGGUGUUGCCGGACAUGGCUCGUCGUUCCAACCUACUAAUGCUACGGCGACUGGCAAGUGCCACAAUGUAGUGACCAAUAUGUUCGCGUUUCGGGACCAACAGUACCCGAUAUACACUAAAGCACCCAUCAAUGAUGCCGGCGUGUAUUCAUCAGUGAAUCUUAAUAUAGUUUCUGUAAGUUUUUUUUUUCAAUAACUUCUAGAUCACAUUUGCUUGUACCAAUUUUUUCAUUUGUACCUGACGCAAUAUGUAUGAGUACGGACUCAUUAUCUUCUCUUUUGUAACCAUAAACAUAUUUGCCUCGUUCUUUCUCUCCUUA